GAUCCGGUGUUGACGUAGUUCAGCCCCACCGCGCGCGACUUGCAGAGCUGUUGUCAAUGCAACAACAAGAAAAAAAACCCUGACUAGACACACCGAACCUUAAGCUCGGGAGAAACCAAGAAAUCAGUCUGGGCUCUAAGAAAGGGACAAGUGCGGAGGAAUUCUCUGAACCAGAUUUUCUCACACGCGCGCGCACACAGUUUUACACGAAGACGCGCGCACACAUUCACACGCAGACACACAUACGCACACACACACACACGCAGGGAUGAUUUAUGGACUUGACAGAUCAUCGUCGCUUUUCUUUGAGUACUCUGGUCGUACACAUGGCCAAUGGAGCACGCGCUUGAAUAUAGUGAUUAGAUCUGAGCAUUCAUCGCGCGAUCUGAGUCGCUGCUUUUGCGCCUUUGUUUGGCACUGACCGCAAAAAAAACAACAACUUCCACUAGGAUGGCUUUGGUCAUGGAACCUGUAAGCAAGUGGACAACAAGCCAGGUGGUGGACUGGAUGAAGGGUCUGGAUGACUGUCUGCAGCAGUACAUUAAGAACUUUGAGCAGGAGAAGGUGGGAGGUGAGCAGCUACUGCGCAUCACCCAUCAGGAGCUGGAAGAUCUAGGAGUUUCUCGCAUUGGCCACCAGGAGCUCAUCCUGGAGGCUGUGGACCUGCUGUGUGCACUGAACUAUGGUCUAGAGACAGAGAAUCUGAAGACUCUGUCCCAUAAGCUCAACGCCUCUGCUAAAAACCUACAGAACUUCAUAACAGGUCGCAGACGAGGUGGUCACUAUGAUGGCCGAGCAACACGCAAGCUCCCGAAUGACUUCCUCACCUCCGUGGUGGAUCUAAUAGCUGCUGCAAAAAGUCUACUGGCCUGGCUAGACAGGUGUCACGUCUUCCUCAGGUCUCCUUUUGCCGCAGUGGCCGAUUAUUCCCUGACCAGGAACAACGUGAUCCAGCUUUGUCUAGAACUAACCACAAUCGUGCAACAGGACAACACGGUGUAUGAAACGGAGAAUAAAAUACUGCAUGUGUGUAAGAUGCUCUCUGAUGUAUGUGACCAUAUUAUCACACUCUCCUCAGACCCCAUGGUAUCCCAGGCUGCUCACCUGGAGGUGGUGCAACUGGACAAUAUCAAAUCGACAGAGGGGCUGGGCAUGUACAUCAAGUCAACAUAUGAUGGCCUACAUGUCAUCACAGGCACCACGGAGGGGUCUCCGGCAGACCGCUGUAAGAAAAUUCACGCCGGAGAUGAGGUCAUUCAAGUCAAUCAUCAGACAGUGGUUGGCUGGCAGUUAAAGAACUUAGUCAACUCUUUGCGUAGUGACCCAGCUGGAGUGUCCUUAACACUGAAGAAACGUCCUCAGAGCACUCUCACGUCCACCCCUGCCUUACUGAAGAACAUGAGAUGGAAACCCCUGGCCCUACAGCCUGUCUUUCCAGCAAGCCCCAGCAGCAGUGCAGCCACACCCACCAGCACCCUCAGCACACCAUCCAAGCGAGACAGCUGUGCCCUACAGGACCUCUACUUUCCCCCACCACCGGACGAGCCAUAUGCACCCAGAGAGGGCACAGCCAGUGACACUUCACAGCAUGAGGUGGCUAAGCGUUCUGAGUCGCCAAACUCUUUUCUCGACCAGGAGUGCCGACGGCAGUUUCCUGUGAUGGAAGAGGAUGCGGUUCUCUACUGCUAUGAGUAUGAUCCGAACCGUGGGCCUCCUCCUGUGCGCAGGGACGGCACUAUGACAUAUGGAAGGCUGAGGCCCAUCUCAAUGCCGGUGGAGUAUAACUGGGUGGGCGACUAUGAAGACCCAGCCAAGAUGAAGAAAGAGCUCAGGAGAGAGAACUCCAUGAUUCGUUAUGUUGGAGAAGAUAAGGUGGGUUCUGAGGAGUAUGCAAUAGCACGCAGCAGCAGCAGACGGAGCAGAAGGAAGAAUGAAAAAGGAAGUAGCCCCGCCCAUUACGCCUUGGUUCCAGCACUUCAGAUGGAAAUGCUAAGACAGGAAUCAAUAACCACACCCACCUCAGACACCUCCUCCAUUUACCUUACAUUUGAUCAGUCUUCAGUGCUGACCAAGUCCAAAAAGAAAUUGAGAGCUGGCUCACUAUCAUCUAUCAGUAAGCGUAGAAUUUCCUGUAAAGACUUGGGACAGGGAGAUUGCGCCGGUUGGCUCUGGAAGAAGAAGGAUGCCAAAAGCUACUUUUCUCAAAAGUGGAAGAAGUACUGGGUGGUGCUAAAAGACACCUGCCUCUACUGGUACAUCAACGAGGAGGACGAGAAAGCCGAAGGCUUCGUCAGUCUCCCUGAAUUCAAAAUCGACCAAGCAAAUGAAUGCCGCAAGAAGUUUGCAUUUAAGGCAUGCCAUCCUAAGAUCAAGAGUUUCUACUUUGCAGCAGAUAAUGUCGAUGACAUGAACAGAUGGCUGAGUCGAUUAAACAUGGCAGCAGCAGCUCACUUAGAACAGGAGAGGAUUCGGCAGGAUCAUGACUACUGGAGUGAGAGCGACCAUGAGGAUGUUGAGAACUUGUCUUCUAAACAGAACAGCCCUCCACCCCCCUACGACACCUACCCUGCUUUACAGGUGAGCCCCUAUCCUGAACCCAAACACAUUCGACCCCCAUCCACAGAGACCGUGCAGCCCAGAUCUCCCCAUGAUGACUUCCAGCAAGACCCCCAGUGUGCUAGUAUGAGCGGCCCCAGCUCUCCCUCACGCAAAUCGUCCAGUCAGCGGCGCUCAUGGCAGGACCUGAUUGAGACGCCGCUGACCAGUUCAGGUCUACACUUUUUGCAGUCUCUGCCUCUGGAGGAUGCUGUAUUCUUGGAGCCCAAUGGAGCCUUGCCUGUGGAACUUAGGCGCCAGGCCACACUGCCACCUCAGCGAUGCCCACCACCUGAGCGCCACACUCCUCUGACGCCCAACCAACUACCUCCAACAGCUCGACUAGGAAGGGAAGUAAAACACCGCAGCUUUACGCUGCCACGUGACAGUGGCCUGCAUGCCAUCCUGGCAGCCACAGCGGGGGCACCUGAACACAGAGAUGUCCAACAGUACCAGCUGGGCCAGGCAUACACCAGAGAUGCAGGUUUGGAGCGGGAACGCAGGCAUCAGGCCGAUUCGCUGUGUGACCUGUAUCGAGCUCUGGAGAGGGCCAGUCUGUCCCCUGUGAAUGAGCACCUGCCCACCAAUCGUCUGGAGUAUAAGCGUUCUUUUGUCCGUCGUGGUAAUGACCCCUUGCUUAAUGAGAAGCUGCACCGCCUGCGCAUACUUCAAAACACUUUCAAGGAUGUUCCACUCAAAGAGGCUGAGACGAAGAUCAUUCACCGGGAUGUGUAAGGCUUGGAAAGCAGCAAUCUUCACAUCUGUACAAAAAGACAUUGUAUAUUAAUUUAAGAGUAGAGUUACCUCUGCUCCAGUUCCAGUCUCUUCAGCUCUGCUACAUUGUGGAGGCUGAUUCACUUGUAAACUGGCAGUCAAUGAUUUUGGACAAAAAUAUAUUAAACAAGAAUUCCUUAUCAGAUUAAAGAGUAUUAGAAGUGUUAAUAUUAUCUGUGCCUCACAGUUUGGCGUUUACAGGGCUCAGAGUUCAUUUCUGAGCUAUAGUAAAUGUGUGUGUGUGUGUGUGUGUGUGUGUGUGUGUGUGUGUGUGUGUGUGUGUGUACUUUCUCAUGCGUUCUAUGUCCAUAAGGGUUUCUUCUAAGAUCCACUUUCAAAAAUAUGAUGGAAGGUGGAUUGGCUACUUUAAAUUGCUCUUGGUUGUACAUUUGCAGGCAAAUGUGUGUGUGUGUGUGUGUGUGUGUGUGUGUGUGUGUGUGUGUGUGUGUGUAUUUUAAUCCCUGUAGUGGUCUGGCAUCCCAUGGUCAUGCAACCAGAAUCAGUAAAUACAAAGAAUUAAUAAAUUACCUAAUAAAUGUCAUCAGAAAUAUACUUUAUGUAUGUAUGUAUGUAUAUAGUAUCUCACAAAAGUGAGUACACCCCUCACAUUUCAGCA